AAGUCCCCCGGCGGAGCAGAUACAUACAUAUAUUUGAUCCUCGUCGACGAUCACGAAGAAUUUCAAAUAUCUCCCAAAACGGCCGGGGAAAAGAGUAACUGAAAAAACAAAAACAAGAGAGAGAGAAUCUUUCAUUCAAUUGACCAAAGCUUCUCGAUUUUUCCUCCGUCUCAUACCCAAUAGCCGUUGAAUGAUGGAUCCCAACCCAAAACCCAACCCGAAACCCGAAGAUCAUCCUCACUCCGCCGACUACGCUCCGUACCCGAAACUCGAUACCCAAGACAUAACUCCCCCUCCUCCCACCACUACCGACACCUGGACCUCCGUUCCUGUCGGGUCGGAUCCUCCUCCUCCCUCGUCCCAACCACCACAAGGUCCAAACCCACAAACAGAACCGGCAUCGUAUACUGCUGCUCCCAGGUCUCCCCAAGCUGCACCACCACCUGCAGCUCAUCCCAUGCCCGGCGUCUCUGCUGCAACCUCCAUGCCUCCUGAAUCCAACCCCUACGUCUCUCCCGCUCCCGCCGGUGGCUCCGGGUCUUCGGUUAAAAAUACGGUGGACUCCGUAAAGGAUGUGCUGGGGAAAUGGGGAAAGAAGGCAGCAGAAGCCACGAAAAAGGGCCAGGAUCUGGCUGGGAACAUGUGGCAACAUCUAAAAACGGGCCCAAGUAUGGCUGAUGCGGCUGUUGGAAGAAUAGCUCAGGGAACAAAGAUCUUUGCCGAAGGUGGUUAUGAGAAAGUAUUCAAACAAACAUUUGAGACUGCCCCAGAAGAGAAACUUCUUAAAUACUACGCCUGUUACCUGUCUACAUCUGCUGGUCCUGUCAUGGGAGUCCUCUAUUUGUCAACUGCAAAGCUAGCAUUUUCAAGUGAUAAUCCCCUUUCUUAUAAAGUUGGUGAGGAGACUCAAUGGAGCUAUUAUAAGGUGGUUAUCCCGUUGCAUCAGCUGAAAGCAGUUAAUUCUUCAACAAGUAAAAUGAAUUCAGCUGAGAAGUAUUUACAAAUUAUCUCCAUUGACAACCAUGAGUUUUGGUUCAUGGGAUUUGUAAACUAUGAUAGUGCAGUAAAAAAUUUACAAGGUGCUUUGAGUGCUCCUCACUAGCAGUCAGCCUGAGGCCAGUAGAACUGUGCGACUUCCUGACUAGCAGUCAGUAGCAGGAUAGUUGGCCAUGCUGCAUCUCUUUGGUUGCACUACUGUAUAAAUGAAUUUUGGUCAGUUGUGGCGAUGUUGGGAAUCGUAUACUGUAUUCUUGUUUGGUGCGUUGUAACCAGGCUGUGCAGAAUUCAAACUCAGAUUUGUUCAAUUGGUUUUGACUUUUCCAAUUUGUGAGACUUCCAGAUAAAUAAACAUUAUGCUGUAUUCUUUA